AUGGGUGUGGCUUUGCUCGAGGAGAAAAACAAGUCGUCGAAUUACAUCCCUGGGCUGGGUGACUUCUCUUCACUAAUCACACCGUCCCCAGCGGCAGAUGAAGAUGCUAGUGCUACUGCUGAUAAUGAGAGCGGUAAAAAGUGCGGUCCGCCGCGACCACAGGAGCAACCGUUGCGAUCAGCGAUGGACGAUGAGCCUGAGUCGGAGGAAACGGAGGAGUAUUAUGUGGAUCCUGGGAAGCAUAAAUAUAUGAAAGUCUUCGCUUGCUCUGAUUCGGAACAACUAGCCUCGGAGAUUUGUGCGAAUUUGAGUACCACCAAAGGAAGGGCGUAUACCGGGAAAUUUGCUGAUGGUGAAGUUAUAGUGAAGAUACUGGAUGAAGUGCGUGGCCAGGAUUGCUAUAUCAUACAGAUAUCAGCGCUACGUAGAGCGAGUGCUAGGAGUAUCACGCUGGUCACCCCUUACUUUGCAUAUGCUAGGUGGGUAACUCGGCAUAUGGAGUCUGAGGGCGUAGCUGGAGACCCGGCGCUGACCCAACCAGCAACUCCGCUCGCUGCAAGUGAUAUCGCACUUAUGUACGAAGCGAUGGGAGUCGAUCGAAUUGUCACAGUGGAUCUGCAUGAGGGCAGUUUGGAAGGCUGUUUCGACGUCCCUGUUACGAACAUCGAUCCUCUCGGGUUGCCGUUGAAAUACUUCCUUGGAAAAGAUCUUCAUAAUCCUGUUAUUGUUGCGCCUGAUAGCACUGCUAGUGAUAGAGCGUUCUUGUUCUGGCGAAGACUUCAGAAUCAUGGUGUCAACUGUGGGCUUGCAACGAUGGUGUCGAAUCGUAAGUUGGGUAAAAGAGAAUUUUUAUUGCUAAUUUCACGCGAUUUUGGCCGAGACUGUAUCAUUGUUGACGACAUCAUCGACAGCGCUAAACGAAUGUCUCGAACGGUGAAGGAUCUACGUCAACACGGCGCGCGAAGGAUUUACAUGUACGCCACUCACGGCGUGUUGUCACCAGCAGCGAUGGAACGCAUUAAUCGUCGAGGAGUUACUGAAGUUGUUAUCACCAACUCGCUUCCUUUUCCUGAGCACGCACGGAAAAGCGAAAAAAUAAGAGUCCUUUCUUUGGGUCAAGUUUUAGCGGAAGUUAUGUUGCGUAUUUACGAGGAAAAAUCGGUGUCGCAAAUGUUUUGGGAUAAUCAGAAGAAAGAAGGAAGCAAACGCCCAAGCGGAACGGCUACAGUUUAA